AUGACUGAUAAUGCAACGAUCUUGCAGAAUGUACCAGUAGGCAAAAAAGUGGGUAUCGCCUUUUCUGGUGGUCUAGAUACUUCAGCAGCUUUAUUGUGGAUGAAACAAAAAGGCGCAGAACCUUAUGCUUAUACAGCAAACUUAGGUCAACCUGAUGAAGAUGACUACGAUGCAAUUCCGCGUAAAGCUGAAAACUACGGUGCUGUAAAAGCCCGAUUGGUUGACUGCCGCUUACAACUUGCAUUGGAAGAUCAGCAAUUUAUUGAUGAAUUAGGCGGUCGCGCUGAAAUGUCACAAUUCUUGAUCGACAAUGGUUUUGAUUACAAAAUGUCGAAAGAGAAAGCCUAUUCAACAGAUUCAAACAUGUUGGGUGCAACUCACGAAGCGAAAGAUCUUGAAUACCUCAAUGCAGGCAUCAAAAUCGUUGAGCCAAUCAUGGGCGUUGCGUUCUGGAAAGAAGACGUAAAAGUUGAAGCUGAAGAAGUUUCUGUAACGUUUGAAGAAGGCUUCCCUGUUGCAUUAAAUGGCAAACGUAUUGAAGACCCUGUUGAAUUCAUCCUUGAAGCCAAUCGCAUUGGUGGUCGUCAUGGUCUAGGUCGUUUAUUGUACCAAGGUCGUUGGUUCGAUUCGCAAGCAUUGAUGCUACGUGAAACAGCACAACGCUGGGUUGCUAAAGCAAUCUCUGGUACUGUGACUUUAGAACUUCGUUGUGGUAAUGACUACACGAUUAUGAACACUGAAUCAGAGAACCUCACUUAUGAAGCUGAGCGUUUAACCAUGGAAAAAGGUGAUUCAAUGUUUAGUCCUGCUGACCGUAUCGGCCAAUUGACUAUGCGUAAUCUUGAUAUCACGGACACCCGCGCAAAACUUGGUAUUUAUACCAAUACUGGUUUAUUGGCUGUCGGUACAGGAUCUGCGAUCCCUCAGCUGAAAGACAAAAAUAAAUAA